GGAACUUGAAGGCCAACUUUGCGGAAUCAAACGGCGGCAAAAAAAUGGACAAAGGCAUAAAGAUACCGUUCACCUUCAAGCGAUACGACAAAAAAUCCAAGUCUUUUGGGACAUUUCAUAGCUUAUCUAGAGUCUCGUUUGCAGCUCACGAGGACAAGCAAUUUCGAACACUUUUUUUUCUUUAUGGAGGUCUUAAUCUUUUUCUCCGACGCUUUCUUCAACUCUUUUUUUUUGUAGUGUGUUUUGUCCAAACUAGGAUUAAUACCCCACAAAGCCUUAUCUCCACACACUGUCUUUAUUUUUUUUUGGUUGUUGGGUCGUUUUUCGCCAAAAAACAUACAAAUUAAAGGGUGCCGGGGGAGGAUUGCACCCUCUCUUCUCCUUUCCUCUCUUGUUUCUUUGCUCGAGCAGUCGCUGUUCCAGGGGAUAACCAGCGUUUUGCUCGGCAUAGAGCAUAGUUCAACCCCGCCAACAACCCCAUUCGUUCACGACAUCUCAUAACGUCAUGGAAAAGGAGGCACCUAUAGUAGAAGCUGGGACGGCUCAGGUUCCUGAAGUGCUGCCAGAAGAUGCAAUCUUUGACGAGGAAGGAAAGCGUCGUCUGCAGGAAGAAAAGCCAUAUUUUGGCAAACGUCCUGCUAGGGCUGUGGCUAUUGAUCUGGCCAUUUGGCUCCUCAUGACGGCGUAUGCGGUCGCCGUUUUUGUCAAGGGAAAGGAUAAGGAUGGUUUCCAUCUUUUCACUGUCAUUUGGGUCUUUGUUACUCUCCGACUCCUCGCUCGUCAUAUAUCCAUGUCCAAACUCAUCUACGACCCUCUCGGAAAGGUUUGGACAUCAACGGUCGGAGCGGCUGCGAGCAAAUUCCCGUCCUGGCUGGUCUGGGCGGCAUUGCUGGUCGCUACACUUGUUGGACUCUUGCUUAUGGCCAUUUUCACGACUGGACGGCCAUCCACAGUUGGAGAGCGGUUGCAGAGCUGGGGCGGCGUCCUGUUCUUUUUAUUGAUCGCGGCUGGAAGUUCACGAAAGGUCAAGGCGAUCAACCUCCAAACGGUCGCUGUCGGUGUCUUUUUCCAAUUUAUCUUUGCCCUCAUUGUCCUGCGUACCACUGUGGGUGCCAAUAUUUUCCAAUGGAUUUCAUCGUUCGUUACGGGUUUCCUUAAAUACUCUCACAACGGUCUCGAGUUCUUAUUUGGCCCUGUGCCAAACCAAAACUUUGUCAUCAACGUCCUCCCUGCCAUCAUCUUUUUCUGUGCCUUCAUUUCCAUCGUAUACUACUGGGGAGGAAUGCAGUACGCCGUCCAAAAGAUGGGUGCCAUCAUGAUGCGUCUGAUGGACACAUCCGGUGCUGAAUCGAUUGUAGCCGCGGCUUCACCGUUUGUCGGACAAGUGGAAAACGCCAUGUUGGUGCUCCCCUUUAUCGAAUACAUGACAAAAUCCGAGUUGCACGCUGUCAUGACCUGUGGGUUCGCUACCAUUUCCGGAUCCGUUUUGUUGGGCUAUGUCUUGAUUGUUGGUGACGCGUACCUCAUCCUCACUGCUUGUAUCAUGUCCAUCCCUGCCUCUCUCGCUCUUACGAAAAUGCGAUACCCCGAAGAAGAAGAGUCGCUUACAAAGGGUCGGGUCGUUGUUCCCGAAAGUGAGGACAAGGCGAGCAACUUUCUUCACGCCGCCGCAAACGGCGCGGCCACGGGUGCCCAGCUCGUUAUCCUCAUCUCUGCCACCAUUCUCGCUAUCGUUGCGUUGUACCAGGCCGCAAACGGUUUGGUUGGCUGGGCAUUUGAUAUCAUUGACGUCCACCGUGACUCUCCUGACCCUGCCAAUCCUGGACCCCACGACACUUGGAUCAGUAUUACCUACAUUCUGUCAUUCGUCUUUUACCCCUUUGCAUGGUGCUUGGGCGUGAGUGCCAAUCAAGCACGAUUAGCUGGUGAGAUCAUGGCUCAAAAGCUUUUGCUGAAUGAGUUUGUGGCAUUCUCAAAUUUGGGCGACUUUAACAAGGCUGGACGUGUCAACCAGCGAACCUUCCAACUCCUUGCUUUUGCUCUCUGCGGAUUUGCCAACCUGGGUUCAACAGGGAUCCAGGUCUCAGCCCUUGGCGCCAUUUCUCCAAAACGUAAAAAGGACCUGGCUGAACUCGCUGUGUCGGCCAUGUUGAUUGGUAACCUUUCCACAUGGAUGACGGCUGCUGUCGCCGGUUGUAUGAUAUAAAAAGAACUCCUGUGCCAUCUUUUUGAUAAGGUGUUUUUCGCUACACUCUAUGACGAUAGAAAAAAAGAGGGUUAUGAUAGCGUGCCCUUGUCGUGCUGGUCACCUCCUGUAGUAAUACGUUGUGUAAGGGGCAUCAAGGCGGGUUUUGGCUGCUGCUUGUAUGUACCAUACUACUUUUUAAACCUUUUUCCAUAUGGUUGCUGAACGGA